AAUUUUUUUCAUUUUUUAUCAUAUUGUAAUAAAUCGUGCGGUGAGUUUAAUUCAUUAUAAUAAAUAAAAUGUAAAGUAGUUAUUUUAAUAAAUUACUAGAUAAAAAAAUGAAUAAUAAAAAGUAAAUAUUCAAUAAAGAAAAUUAAUUUCAAAUAUAAUUAAAUAUAAUAAAUAAUAUCCAUUAUGAUUAUAUAAAUCAGAUAAUAUUUCCUACUAAAAGAUGAUUCUUAUUAAAAAAUAAUCAAAAAUAUUGUUAUUACUAAUAUUAUUAUAUAAUAUUAGUAUCUGUUUUUAUCUUUUUUUAAUUUUUAUUAGUUUUAAAUUCAAUUUUUAUUCUACAGUUAUUCUCAAAAACUUAGUAAGACAAAUAACUGUUAAAAAUAACAAUUAUUACUUUAUAAUAUAAUAAAUUAUAUUAAAUAAAUUAAUAUUAGUAAUUGAUGUAAUAUUAAUAUUAUAAUACUAACAUAUUUAUAUUAUAAUGCUAUAAUAAAUAUAAUUAAAAAAUUAUAUAAUAUAGUAAUAAUAAGGAAUAUUCAAUUCCAAAAUGUUUUCUAAUCAUAUGAAAACACUUGUGCAACUUGUUGUACAACAACAGCAACAUCAACGUGGUAUGGCAACUCUUAAAGCCAUUUCUAUAAGAUUAAAAUCUGUAAAAAAUAUUCAGAAAAUUACUCAAUCAAUGAAAAUGGUAUCUGCUGCUAAAUAUAAUAGAGCAGAAAGAGAUUUAAAACAAGCAAGACCUCUUGGUGUUGGUACAAAAAUCUUUUAUGAACAAGCUGAAAUUCAAGCUCCGCCAGAAGAUGAAAAAAAACUUGUAGUAGCAAUAACAAGUGAUCGUGGAUUGUGUGGUGCUGUACAUACUGGAGUUUCUCGUAAUAUUAGAGAUUCUCUUUUAGCAGAUCCCAAAGAACGUGAAAAUACAAAAAUUAUAUGUGUUGGUGAAAAAUCACGAGCAAUUUUGUCACGAUUGUUUGCUAAUAAUAUAUUAUUUGUUGCAUCUGAAGUUGGUCGUAAACCACCUACAUUUAAUGAUGCUGCCAAAGUAGCAAUUGAAAUCAUGAACAGUGGAUAUAGUUUUGGUUCUGGUCGUAUUGUUUAUAAUAGAUUCAAAUCUGUAGUAUCAUAUAGUGUUGAUCAAUUACCUCUUUUUGAUAAAAAUGCAGUAGUCAGUGCACCAAAAUUAUCUUUAUAUGAUUCUUUGGAUGAAAAUGUAAUUCAAAGCUAUUUAGAGUUUUCUCUAGCCUCUUUAUUAUUUUAUUCAAUGAAAGAAGGUGCUUGUAGUGAACAAUCAAGUCGAAUGACUGCUAUGGAUAAUGCUAGCAAGAAUGCAGGAGAAAUGAUAGAUAAAUUAACUCUGACGUUCAAUCGUACUCGACAAGCUGUAAUUACUAGAGAAUUAAUUGAAAUCAUUUCUGGUGCUGCUGCUUUGGAUUAAAAAAAAAAUAUUUAUGAAAAAAUUUAUACAUUAUAGUGUUGUGAAGUAGAACAUAAUUAUUGAUCAUUGAUGAUUAUACCAUUAUUAAAAGGAAAAAAAUUCAAUUUCGAAAUUAAUUUGAAUGAAAUCCAAUCAAAUUGUUCAUUGGAAUAUUUAUAAUAUUAUAAUUUAUAAUAUACUUUAUAUUAUAUUAAAACUGCCAAAUAAAAUAGAUAAUUCUAUUAACUUUGUAUUAUUACAUAUAUUAUCAUAUUUAUAAAUAUCAUAUUAAUAAAAUUAUAAUAUAAAAUUAAAUGUGAGAACAUUAAUUAAUUAAAAAUUCUUAAAAUAAUUUCAAAUAAUGUUUUUCUUUUCAAAAUCUUUCGUUACGGCUUUGUUAACAAAUUUCAGAGUUAAUAAAAAACACUAGCCGAUCAUGAAGCACAUAAAUUAGUUGCAUUGUUCGAUCAACGAACAAGUUUAAACAACAUAUAUCGAAGAAAAUCUAUCGAACAUAAUAAAUAUUUUUUUAAUGAAAAAAAAUUAUCAAAUUAUAUCUUAUUCAGAAACAAUAAAUAAAUAAAUUAAUUACUAUUAAGACA